AGUCAACAUCUACAAUAAAAAACCCGAAAUAUUCUCUUUGUUGUACUCAUGGAAGAGUAAAACUUCCUUCUAUGAAACCACCUCCAAUGUUAUUGCAGGAGUUGAUUCAAGGCUUGAGUGAAAGAAGUCGUCAUUUUCUUGAAAAUAUCCGUAGUUAUAAUAGUAUGUUUUCUUUCACUUCUAUGGGAGGAAGAGUUGAGAAUAAUAUCAACAAAGGGAAAUCACCACCAAUUUUUAAGCUUCACGGUCAAAACUACCAUCUGAUGGGAAGUUUACUGCCAAUUGAGGGAGCGAGACCAAAAUUUGCUCAACUAUAUAUAUAUAUAUGAUACGGAGAAUGAAAUAAGGAACAGACUUUUGGCUGUUAGUGAUAGUGAUCAAAAUAACCAGCUCCAUCAAAAUAUAGUUGAGCAAUUGAGAGACAUGCUGAAUGAGCACAAUGUUUUGGUGAAAAGUUUUCGUAUGGCUAAGGAAAAAUUGCAUCAAAGCCAAGACUCUAAUGUUAAGUUAAAGUUAAUUGGCAAGCGCUCCGGUGAUGCGAGGACAUAUAAUUUACCAACUGUGAAUGAAGUUGCAGCUUUAGUGGUUGGAGAUUUUGAUGAAUCUCUUGGUGAAAGAGAUAUUUUGGUUGAGACUAGAACAGGUAAGUUACAGCGUAUCAGCGAGCUCAAUCCUGCUUACUUUGGAUUACAAUACCCUUUAUUGUUUCCAUAUGGUGAGGAUGGCUAUAGGGAGGACAUUCCUUUAGGAAAUGCAAAUAGUGUGACAAGUCGUGGUCGGCAAAGAGUGAGUAUCAGGCAAUUUCUUGCGUUUCGAUUACAACAACGAGAUAAUCUUAAUUCAUGUAUGUUGAAGACAAAACGUCUUUUCCAGCAAUUUGUUGUUGAUGGCUACACCAUGAUUGAGUCAGGGAGAUUGCAAUAUGUAAGAAUUCAUCAAAAGCAAUUACGAUGCGAGAUGUACAAGGGCUUGAGUGAUGCAAUUUUAAGAGGAGAAAAUGAUCCUUGCACUCAGGGGAAAAGGAUCAUUUUGCCGCCCUCAUUUACAGGAGGUGCACGAUUUAUGAUUCAGAAUUAUCAAGAUGCGAUGGCUAUUUGUAGGUGGGCUGGCUAUCCUGAUUUAUUUAUCACUUUUACUUGCAAUCCAAAGUGGCCGGAGAUCACAAGGUUUUUGAGAGUGCAUAAUUUGAAGCCAGAAGAUCGCCCAGAUAUUGUCAGUAGAAUUUUCAAAGUCAAACUCGAUGGCUUGAUAAAAGAUUUCCGGCGAAAGAAAGUAUUUGGAAAUGUCAAAGCAGUUGUAUAUACUAUCGAGUUCCAAAAACGUGGGCUUCCACAUGCACAUAUUCUGCUCUUUCUUGAAAAUGAUUCUAAGUAUCCAACAAUGAAUGAUGUGGAUAAGAUAAUCUCAGCUGAAAUUCCUGAUUUCCACUCUGAUCCAUCUUAUUAUGAAGCUGUCAAAGAACUUAUGAUGCAUGGUCCGUGUGGCCCUGGUGUGAAAUCCUCCCCUUGCAUGGUUAAUGGGAAAUGUACGAAACAUUUUCCAAAACCUUGGUGUUCAGAAACUAAAGUGGAUGAUGAUGGGUAUCCAGUUUAUAGACGAAGGAAAAAUGGAAGAACUGUGAAGAAAAAUAACAUUGUUUUGGACAAUCGUUUUGUUGUGCCACACAACCGAUAUUUAUUGAUGAAAUACAAAGCUCAUAUGAAUGUUGAAUGGUGCAACCAAUCUCGGUCUAUUAAGUAUUUAUUUAAAUAUAUAAACAAAGGUCGAGAUCGGGUUACUGCAGGAUUUUAUAGUACCACUAAUGAAGAAGGUACUAACAAUCCAAUUGAUGAGAUUAAGAUGUAUUAUGAUUGUAGGUAUAUCUCUCCAUGUGAGGCAUCUUGGCGCAUAUUUGGGUUUGAAAUACAAUAUAAAAACCCUGCAGUUGAGCGUUUGAGUUUUCAUUUUCCAGACGAACAACCAGUUAUCUUUUCUGAUCAUGAUGAAUUGGACAGAAUAUUGGAUCGUAAGACUGUCAAAGAUAGUAUGUUUCUUGCUUGGUUUGAAGCAAACAAGAAAUAUGCCGAAGCACGAGGAUUGACUUAUGUUGAAUUCCCACAAAAAUUCGUGUGGAAACAAAAAACUAGAGAGUGGGUCCCAAGGAAAAUUGCAUUUUCGAUUGGGCGAAUUUAUUAUGUUCCUCCUGGAAGUGGAGAGAUUUACUAUUUAAGGUGUUUGCUCAAUCAUAUCCGCGGUGCCACGUGCUUCAAUGAUUUAAAAACCAUCAAGGGUGUUCUUUAUAGAACUUAUCGUGAGGCUUGCUAUGCUUUAGGAUUGUUAAGUGAUGAUAAGGAGUAUGUUGAUGGGAUAACUGAAGCAAGUUAUUGGGCUUUUGCAUUUUUGCUGAGAAUCUUAUUUGCUAUAUUGUUAGUGUCGGAAUCUUUGAGUAGACCUGACGAUGUUUGGAAAAAAUGCUGGAAAUUUCUAGCAGAUGACAUUCAACAUAAACAGCGUUUGCUGUAUCAACAUCCAGGGUUGGUUUUGAGUGAUGAGCAAUUGGAAAAAUUUACUCUAAUUGAACUAGAGCUUCUAUUGCGAGGUCGGGGUAAGAGCUUACGUGACUAUCCACCCAUGCCUAUUCCUCCUUCAGAUUCAAUGUUGGGUGGUUUAAAUAGGUUAAUGUUUGAAGAAUUGCAGUAUGAUCGUGAAGCUUUAACAGAAGAACAUGGUACUUUUUUUAGAAACUUAACCGAUCAACAGCGUGUAGUUUAUGAUAAAAUAAUGGAAUCUGUUGAUAAUGGUCAAGGAGGCGUGUUUUUUGUUUAUGGGUAUGGUGGUACUGGUAAAACAUUCAUUUGGAGAACCCUUUCGGCUGCUUUACGCUCUAAAGGUGAAAUUGUCUUGAAUGUGGCUUCAAGUGGCAUUGCUUCAUUAUUGUUGCCAGGAGGCCGUACUGCUCAUUCUCGGUUUGCAAUUCCACUGUCACUGAAUGAGGAUUCAACAUGCAAUAUCAAACAAGGGAGUCCAUUGGCCCAUUUGAUUGUGAAAUCCAAGCUAAUCAUUUGGGAUGAAGCUCCUAUGCUACAUAAGUUUUGCUUUGAAGCUUUUGAUAGAAGUAUGCGUGACAUAAUGCGGUUUUCUAUUCCUGAUAGCUUAUCUAAGCCUUUUGGAGGUAAAUCAAUUGUUUUUGGAGGAGAUUUUCGCCAAGUUUUACCUGUCAUACCUCAAGGUAGUCGUCAAGAUGUUGUGAAUGCAACCAUAAAUUUCUCAUAUUUGUGGCAUAGUUGUGAAGUUUUGAGAUUGACGAAGAACAUGCGAUUGCAAGCUUCAUUUGAUGCGAAUGAUUCUGAAACUAUCAAGAGAUUUUCAGAAUGGAUCAUUUCGAUUGGGGAUGGUAUAGCUGGAGGUGCAAAUGAUGGUUCUAUUUCAAUUCAAAUUCCGGAAGAAUUUAUUUUGCGCACUUUGGGUGAUCCCAUUGCAAAAAUAGUUGAGAGCACAUAUCCUGAGUUUUUGAACUCAAGCCAAGAUUUUAGCUACUUCAAAGAUAGGGCAAUCCUAGCACCAACUUUGAACAUUGUUGAUGAAAUAAAUGAUUACAUGAUGAAGUUGGAUACAUCUCAACCUUCAAGAACUUAUCUCAGUUCCGAUAGUGUGUGUAAAUCAGAUUGUAAUGUGGAUCUUCUAGCAGAUUUGCAUUCACCGGAAUUUCUGAAUAAAAUCCGAGUGUCAGGUGUACCUAAUCAUGAGUUGACUUUAAAAGUAGGUACACCGGUGAUGCUUCUUCGAAACAUAGAUCAUUCUAUGGUUUUGUGCAAUGGUACGAGGCUAAUAAUAACGAGGCUUGGUGAUCAUAUUUUAGAAGCAAGAGUUCUCACUGGUAGAAGUAUGGGUCAACAAGUGCUUAUUCCAAGACUGUCCUUAACACCAUCUGACAUCAGGCUCCCGUUUAAGUUUCAGCGAAGACAGUUUCCCAUCAUGGUUGCUUAUGCUAUGACCAUUAACAAGAGUCAAGGACAAUCUCUUUCGCAAGUUGGUUUGUUGCUAAAGAAACCAGUGUUCAGUCAUGGUCAAUUGUAUGUGGCAGUUUCACGAGUUACAAACCCCAAAGGACUGAAAAUUUUAAUUUUGGAUGAUAAAGGUGAAUGCUCGAAUGAAACAACCAAUGUUGUGUACAAGGAAGUUCUUCAAAAUAUUUAAAAUUUUCCAUGUAAAAUUAUGACUAAUAGGAUGUUUUUGUUGUCUCUAUGCUGGGUUUUGUAAAUUAUUUGAUGUGUAAUUUUUAAACAAACUUAUUUUUAAUUCAAUU